AUGGAAUGGUUUUACCAGCUCAAAGGCGAUAUGCUAUUAAAAAUCGUCGAGAACGGCAGUCAGUUCCGCGAUGUUCAUAUCCGCGAGGGUGAAAUGUUCCUCCUCCCCGGCAACACUCCUCACUCGCCGAUUCGAUACAAAGAUACCGUUGGCCUCGUCAUGGAAAGAACUCGGCCAAAGGAGAGCAUCGACCAAUUGCAAUGGUAUUGCCCUAAUAAAAAAGCACACAGCGAGGAGCCAGUCAUUAUUCGGCAUGAACAAUUUUACUGUGAAGAUAUUGAGACACAGCUGAAGCUUGUGAUUGAUGACUGGAUGACCAACGAGGAGACUCGCAAGUGUAGAGAAUGUGGCCAGACGGCACCGCCAUAUUGA